CUGGGCUUCACACAAGACCUGCUGCCUCACACUGGCUGAGCUGCUUCAAACGGAUGAAUUCCUCAAGUUCAGUGAAAAGAAUCGAUUCAAAAGAACGAUUGGUUCAUGACGCGGACAUCUCUGCCAGGAGCUAGUGCGGCAGUGUAUAAGUGCUUCUGGUCGCACACACACGUGGGGCUGCUGUAGACAGAGCUGGGAGGCGGACAUGGCUGAAACGGUUCUUGUGAUUGGUAGCGGCGCCAGAGAACACGCUUUAGCCUGGAAACUGGCACAGUCUACCCACGUCAAGCAAGUUCUUGUUGCCCCUGGAAAUGCUGGCACUGCCAACAAUGGGAAGAUCUCAAAUUCUGACGUCCCUACCACUGAUCACAACCAGCUCAUCAAGUUUUGCCAAAGCAACAGCGUCUCCCUUGUGGUGGUCGGCCCAGAAGCUCCUCUGGCGGCAGGUCUAGUUGAUGAUUUGACGGCAGCCGGAGUGAGAUGUUUUGGACCCACCGCAAAGGCCGCUCAGCUGGAGGCCAGUAAAAGUUUUUCCAAGGAUUUUAUGAUCCGGCAUGGCAUCCCAACCGCCAAGUACAAAUCCUUCACCGAUCCGAAGGAAGCCUGUGACUUUGUAAACAGUGCUGAUUUCCGUGCCCUGGUAGUGAAAGCGAGCGGCCUCGCUGCUGGGAAGGGAGUGGUUGUGGCCGGCAGCAAGGAGGAGGCUUGUAAAGUAGUCAAUGAAAUCAUGCAGGAUAAGGCUUUUGGAAAAGCUGGAGACACAGUCGUGGUGGAGGAGCUGCUGGAAGGGGAGGAAGUGUCUUGCCUUUGUUUCACAGAUGGACUCGCUGUUGCCCCCAUGCCACCGGCCCAAGACCAUAAGCGGCUAAAGGAUGGAGACCAAGGCCCCAACACAGGAGGAAUGGGAGCGUAUUGUCCUGCCCCUCAGAUUUCUAAGGAUUUGCUUGAUGAAAUCCGGAAGUCCGUUCUGCAAAGAACGGUUAAUGGGAUCCGAGAAGAGGGCACCCCAUACGUUGGUGUUCUGUAUGCUGGAUUAAUGCUGACAAAGGACGGUCCUAAGGUGCUGGAGUUUAACUGCAGAUUUGGAGACCCGGAAUGUCAGGUAAUUCUGCCGCUGCUUCAGAGCGACCUCUAUGAGGUUAUCCAGGCCACUGUCGAUGGACGGCUUGCUGGUUCCAUGCCAGUCUGGUUAGAAGACCACGCUGCCGUUACUGUAGUCAUGGCCAGUGGAGGCUAUCCUGGUAGCUAUAACAAGGGUCUGGAAAUCACAGGACUCUCAAACGCUAAGGACCUUGGUCUUGAGGUGUUCCAUGCCGGCACAGCACUGAAGGACGGAAAGGUGGUCACCAGCGGGGGGCGUGUUCUCACAGUGACUUCUGUCAGGAAGGAUUUACUUUCUGCUCUCGAAGAGGCCAACAAAGGAGUGUCCGUCAUAGAGUUCUCCGGAGCGGUGUACAGAAAGGACAUUGGUUUCCGAGCCGUUGCUCAUCUGAAGCAGCACAGACAUCUCACCUACAAGGACAGUGGGGUGGAUAUUGAAGCUGGAAAUACCCUGGUGCGGAAAAUUAAACCUUUUGCGGCGGCCACGGCCAGACCAGGUUGUAACGCAGAGCUCGGAGGAUUUGCCGGCCUGUUUGAUCUUAAAGCCGCAGGAUUUAUAGACCCCAUACUGGUGUCUGGUGCGGACGGUGUAGGAACUAAGCUGAAAAUCGCUCAGGGUUGUCACAAGCAUGACACUAUUGGUCAGGACCUGGUGGCGAUGUGCGUCAAUGACAUUUUGACACAGGGAGCGGCGCCUCUGUUCUUCCUGGACUACCUUGGCUGCGGGGCCUUGGACGUGUCGGUGGCUGAAUCCGUGGUUUCUGGUAUUGCCAAAGCCUGUCAGAUGGCCGGAUGUGCCCUUCUAGGUGGAGAAACCGCAGAGAUGCCGGGGAUGUACGCCGCCGGGGAGUAUGACCUGGCCGGCUUCGCUGUGGGCGCAGUAGAGCGAGGCUGCAUGCUGCCCCUUUUGGAGAAAAUCACUGCAGGUGACUUGGUUAUCGGUGUCUCUUCCUCUGGGGUCCACAGCAACGGCUUCAGCUUGGUUCGGAAGAUUCUUGAGAAGUCUUCUCUGGAGUUAACAUCUCCAGCACCACCUGAAUGUGGAAAGGGGACGUUGGGGGAACUUUUAUUGACUCCUACUAAGAUUUACAGCAAGACCCUCCUGCCCAUCCUGAAGUCUGGCCACGUGAAGGCGUAUGCUCACAUCACAGGGGGUGGUCUACUGGAGAACAUUCCCAGGGUCCUGCCCUCAUCACUGGGAGUCACUUUAGAUGCCCAUUGCUGGAAAAUACCAGGGAUAAUCUCUUGGCUUCACAAGGAGGGUGGUCUGUCGGAGGAGGAGAUGAGCCGCACAUUUAACUGUGGUAUCGGAGCUGUGCUUGUCGUGGAGAAGACAUUUGCGGAAGACGUCUUGAAGGACAUCCAGGCUGUUGAAGAUGCGUGGCUCAUUGGAGAAGUAAUCCUACACCCAGCGGGCUCAGAAAGUGUGGACAUCAAGAAUCUGACGGCUGCUCUGAACGAGACAGUGGCACAACCACAGAAAUAUUUGUCCGCAUCAGUCUGUGAUGGGGAACGUCCUGCUGUAGAGGGGAAAGUGAGAGUGGCAGUUCUCAUUUCUGGGACAGGUACAAAUCUCGAUGCGUUAAUAAGAAGCACCAGGUUUCCUGGCAGUGCUGCUUACAUUGCUCUGGUAAUCUCCAACAAAGCCAAUGUGGGAGGCCUGCAGAAGGCUGAAGCUGCCGGGAUUCCAACCAGGGUGAUUGACCACAGACAGUACAGCAGCCGGGAGGAGUUUGAUAAUGCUGUCGACAAAGUCCUUGAGGAGUUCUCCAUCGAGCUUGUAUGUUUGGCCGGCUUCAUGAGAAUUUUAUCUAGUCCCUUUGUCAGGAAGUGGAAUGGAAAGAUCCUGAAUAUCCACCCGUCUCUACUUCCGUCGUUUAAAGGAGCACACGCACAUAAGCUGGUGUUGGAGGCUGGAGUGAGAGUCUCCGGUUGCACGGUGCAUUUUGUGGCCGAGGAAGUUGAUGCUGGGGCUAUCAUCUGUCAAAUGCCUGUCCCUGUGAAGUUUGGUGACACUUUGGACACCUUAUCUGACAGGGUCAAGGAGGCUGAACACCGAGCCUUUCCAGAAGCCUUGCAGCUUGUGGCGAGUGGAGUAGCAAAGCUGGGAGAAGAUGGCAAGAUCUGCUGGAGCAACCAGCAAAUAUAAUGUCUGCAGAGUCAUUUCCUGAUAUAUCUUCAUAUUUUUCCUGAUACAGAGCUACCAUUCACCUGUCUGUAGAUUUAAACUAAUAAGCUGACUGCUUGCAGUCGCCACUAGAGGGAGCUGACUGCAUACAUUGAAGUCAAUAAUAAAACCGCAUGCGGUUAGCUCCCUCUAGUGGUGGCUGCAGGCAGUCAGAUUGUUAUGUUUUUAAUCUAUGUG